CGGCCCGGCCGCGCCAUUGGCGAGCGGUUUGAAUGACGGAAGUGACGGCGCCUCGGAGAUGGCCGCCUCGCUCACGCCCGAACGGCGGUUCGGAGGCAGCUGUGGGGCGGGCCGCCGGGCCUUCUGUGUCUGAGCCGCGAUUCCUGAGGCCGGGCUCUCCUCUCCCGGAACCUUCAUAUUUAAAGUACUACAUGAAAAUGAAAAGAAAGGGAGUGAAUGCUGGCAAGCUGAGAUUGAGUCCUAAUGAGGAAGCCUUCAUUUUAAAGGAAGAUUAUGAAAGAAGACGAAAACUAAGAUUGCUGCAGGUCCGAGAACAAGAAAGAGAUAUUGCUUUACAGAUAAGAGAAGAUAUAAAACAGAGGAGAAAUCAGCAAUUCGCUCGUUUGGCAGAGGAACUAAGGACAGAAUGGGCAGAAUCACAAACUCAGAAAAUCAAAAACUUGGAAAAACUGUAUUUGGCAAGUUUAAGAAAUAUGGGAGAGGGACAUCAACAAGCCAAAGAAAAUGAGCCUGAUUUAAAUGCUCUGGCACACCGGGCAGCAGAAAGGAAAAAAAAGGCAGAAAUGAGACAUAAAGAGGCCCUGAAAGUACAGAAAAAUCAAAAAGAAAUGUUAAUGAAACAAAAAACCUGGCAUAUAAAAGCUCGAAAAGAAGCUCUGCUUGUGGAAAAGGAGAGAUCUGCCAAAAUCGCAAGUCUGCCACCCCCUCCUCCAGCUCUCUUUGAGAAUGUUGAAGUAAAGAAAACUAAUGUGAAGACAAACAGUUCUACCUACCAUCAUCUUUGUACUUUUGUGAAUAGAGAGGUGGACACAAAGCAGCCAGAUCCUCAUUUGGCUGCUGAAGAAGAAGCUAAAAGAUUGGAAGAACUACAGAAGCAGGCAGCGCAAGAGAAGAUGGAGCAGAGUGAGAAGGCACAUGCCCGGGGAUUCCAAGCAAUGAAAAAGAUCCAUUUGGCUCAAAAUCAAGAGAAACUAAUGAAAGAACUCCAGCAGCUCCAGCAAGAGGACCUGGCACGCAGGAGACUGAUGGUAGCACAGAUGCCACCACAACUAGUGGAACUUCCAUACAAACGCAGUGAAAUGAAAGAAGAUUGGCAGAGAGAGCUAGAAUUUGCCUUUGAAGACAUGUACAAUGCAGACAGAAAGGUGAAAGGAAACCUGAUUUUGCACCUUGAACCAGAGCCUCUGCCUGCUGUGAUUGAUCAGAUCCAAGAUGAAGAACUGGACCUCUCAAUGGAACACGAAAGUUUAGGGGAGACUGAAAACAUUCCAAUGACAGAAGCUGAAACAGUACAUUCUAGUGAAGCAGACGUUCCCUCAGCAGUGAAGACCCACCAGAUUCCUUCAAAACUUCUCUUUAAAAAAUUAUUAAAUAAGAUCCGAAGCCAAAAAUCUCUCUGGACAAUUAAAUCCAUGUCUGAAGAGGAAAGUGAAAUGAUUACAACUGUCAGUGAAGCUGAAAGUAAAGCCCUGACAGUUGAAUCAGGACCAACUGUGAGUGAAGACAGAACAUUAUCCUCUGGGCAGGAACAAGUUGUUGAAAGUGACAUGCUAACAAUUGACUCUGGACCACUUACAAGUGAAGAUAAACCACUUUCAUUUAGUACAGGCUCUGAAAAGGAACAAGAAAUGAAGACCACUCAGCCUAUCAUAGCUGUAGCUCCAAGUUCAGUUCUACUUCAUCCUCAGGAAGAAGCAGUCAGAGUUAGAAUGGCAGCGAGGCAGAAACAGAUAAUGGAAAUAGAAGAACAGAAGCAAAAGCAGUUGGAAUUGCUUGAACAGAUUGAGCAACAGAAGUUAAGAUUAGAAACUGAUUGCUUCAGAGCUCAGCUGGAAGAAGAAAAAAGAAAAACAACUCAACAGACUGGGGUCAGCACUGCUCCAGCAUCAUACACCAUACGUUCUGAUGAAGAUAGGCACAGACAGAUGAUUCGUAUUUAUCAACAACAGCUAUUACAGCAAAACAGGUUUCACAAGCAGUCUGUUGAAACAGCCAGAAAACGAUUACUCGAAUAUCAGACAAUGUUAAGAGGAAAGUACCCGUCCAUGUCAGCUAUACCAGUGAUACCUGGUUCUGUUACAUCAGUGCCACCACCAAAAUCUGAAAGACCCAGUGUUCCAUCAGAACAUGAGGAUCAAGGUCAGAGACCCAAGCUGAGUCCUAACAAACAACCUGUGCAGAGCUCCAAAUUAGAGCAACAUUCUCAGGUUUCAAGCCAAAAUUGCUUUCCACAAAGACAGGUAGAAACAACUGAAGUAUUAGUCACUUCAGAUGUUUUAGCCAAGCAAGCUUUGGAAUCGCAAGAAUACCAAAAGCAACUCUCACAGACUGAAGUACAACAGAGAGACUACAAAUUGGUUGCUACAGAUUCUCAAAUGCUUUCAAGGGCUUUAUCACAUGAUAAGCCACUGACAGUACAGGAUGCUAGAGAAAGAGCUGAAACAUCUGGGGCAACAGCUUUUCAAAGUUUAGACUCCCAGCAAGUGUUAUCAGAGAACAAUGAAAGUGUAUCUUCUAAGUUAAUUGAACCAUCUUCAUUUCUACCAUUGGUAGCUGAGCAUUCUUUCAGUUCUCUGCCUACUAAAGUCGAGUCUGGAGAAAUCCAGCAACCCUUUUCAACUGUGAGCAAAGGUAUAGUUUCUGUAAGCCAUCCUGUAGCUGGCCAAAUGCAGGAUAAGUCUUUGCCAUUCUCAGAAAAUAUCAUAGCCCAGCAAAGUAAUUUGAAGGCUCUCCAAAAACAGUUAGACCUACAGAAGGAAGUUCUUCGGACAAGACAGGAAGCUCAGGAACAAUUGCUUUUGUGUAAACAGAAAGAGUUAGAAGGGCAAACUGGCCUUUCUAUAUUCCUUCCAUUAAUACCUCUGAAUUCAUUUGCUUCACUGCCUUCAGCCCAAGCUGAGUCAAGGAGAAUCCAGGAAUCUUCUCCAACCAAGAAAGAGACUGGAGUUUCCUCAGGCCAUCCUGGGGUCCCACAGCUUCAGGAUAGGCUUAAUUUUAAAUUUUUCGAAGAACAGUUAAAAGCACAGAGGGACAGCCUUCAGGCUAGGCGGGAAGCCCAGGAAGUAUUAUGUGUGCAUAAACAGAAUGAGUUGGAUGGGAGAGUAUGGGCUGAACAGAUUGGGUCCUCUUCUCUCCCACCUCAAGUAGCUCAGCGUACAUUUACUUCAUUGCCUUCUGCUGGUCCUCAGUCUGGAAAAAUCCAGGACCAGUAUUCAUCUAAGACUGAGAAGGAGCGUUCCUCAAUCCAGACUGAAAUGCCUGCAUCUCAGGAUGGGUCUUUAGGUUUCCCACAACAGUUCCAACCUUUGCACGAUUGUUUGAAGUUGCUCCAAGAGCAGCUAAUUACACAGAGGGAUGCUCUCCAGGCCAGGCAUGAAGCCCAAGUGGAAUUACUUUCACGUAAACAAAGGGAUUUGGAAGACGCUAAGUCUGUGCAGAUGAGUUCUUCAUUCCUGCCAGUGGUCGCUCAACAUUCACUUGCUUCACAAGUUUCAGCUAAAACUGAGCCUAGGAGAAUUCAGAACUUUUAUUUCUCUGAGAGGGAUAGUGUUAUUCCCUCAAGUAAUUUGGUAAUGCCAGCAUUUCAGGAUGCACCUCUUAGUUUUCCACAGUAUAGUCUGCCACAGCAGGAAAAUUUAACAGCACUCCACAAUCAGUCACACCUUCAGAGGGUAAUAUUUGGUGAUAAACAAGAAACUCAGGAAUUUGUACACAAACAAAGUGAAUUAGAAAAAAAUUUCCCUUUUGAACAGACUGGCACCUCUUUGUCUCAGGGAGUUGAAUCUGAAAGAUGCCAGGAAUACAUGUCAUUCAGGAGUGACAGUACUGUUCCCUUGAGCCACUGGAAGAUCCCAAAAUCUCAGGAAAGACUUCUGGGAUUUUCAAGAUAUACACAACCUCUGCAAGGUAAUUUGGAAGGACAGCAAGAGCAGUUAGACAGAGAAGAGGAGGCCCUUCAGUUCAGCCAGAGAUCCCAAGGUCAUAUAUCUUCUGAACAGACUUGCCCCUUGUUCACAUCCCGGUUAGGGCAGCUCUCUCUCACUUCGUUGCCUUCUGCUGAAUCUUGGGAACCUCUUUCAGCAGAGAGUGAGAGUAGAACUACUUCAAGCCGUUCUCAGAUCCCAGCAUUGCACGAUAGACUUUGGAAGUUAUCACAGCUUAUCCAGCCUCAGCAAGAUAACCUGAAGUCACUCCAAGAACAGUUAGCUACACAGAGGGAAGCCAUCAUUCAGUCUAAACAGGAAGCUCAGCAAGAAUUUCUUUUGCACAAACAGGGUGAGUGGAAGGGGGGAGAGUCUCCCGAGCAGGUUGGCACUUCCUCCUUCCUACUCCAAGUCAUACAGCCUCCUUUUGCUCCAUUACCUCCUAGUGAAGCUGGUAGAAUCCAAGAAUCUUGUUCAACUAAGAGUGAUAAUAUAGUCUCCUCGGGUCAUUCUGAGAUACCAAGGUUGCCUGAUAGACUUUUAGGUUUACCACAGCCUGUUUUGCCUCAACAAGAUUAUCCAGUCACAUUUCAACAAGAACUUUUGUAUGCCCAGACAAACCCUCUUCAAUGUAGUGAGAAAAUCCAAAGAGAGUUGGUUUUGCCCAGACAAUAUACACUUGAGGGAAAGUCACCUGAGCAUUUUCUCCAACCUCACCAUGGUGAUUUAAAGGCCUGUCAACGGCAGUUAGAUAUACAAAGGGAAGCCCAAGAAGAAUUCCUUUUGCAAACACUAAAUAAAUUUGAAAAAGGGGUCUCAGCUGAGCAGACCAGCGCCUCUUCAUCCUUAUCCCAUGUAGCACUGCCUGUUGCUGACUCUGAAGGAAUGCCAAAGUGUUUUCCAGCCAGAAGUGACCUUGCUGUUUCCUCAAGUCAUCCUGAGAUUCUGAGACCUCAGGAGAGGCCUUUGCAUUUAUCCCAGGCUGUUCUGCCUCAGCAAGACCAUGUGUCCACACAGUUGGGCUUCCUCGGUGAAGUGCUGCAUUUUAGUGAAAAGGCCCAGGAAGAACUGCUUAGAGGCAAUCAGACAAAACUGAUUGAAGGUGAUGCUUUUGGGCAGCCUGUUCCCUCUUUGCUUCUAUUCAAGGAAAGAGAACAUUCGUUUAUUCCACUACCUUUUGCUGAGGUAAAAUCUCAAAACAUUUGUGAAUUGUAUUCAGACAAGAUUGAAUGUGCAGCUCCCUCUAGUGCUUCUGUGUGCUCAAGACCUCAAGAUAGAAUUUUGAGUUUUUCACAACCCAUCUUUGCUCAGCAAGAUAACUGGGGACUUCAGAAGCAGUUGGAGCUACAAAAAGAAGCUCUGCAUUUUAGUCAGAAAGCCCAAGAGGUAUUGCCUGUACAGACACAGACAGCCUUGCAGCAGCAGACACAGAAACAUUGGGAGACUCUGAAGGAUUUCUUCAAAGACAGCCAGGAAAGUAAGCCCACAGUUGAAAAUGAUUUUGAAACCCAGAAGCUCAAAGAAUGGCUUCCUCAUCUCCACUAUCAAGAAAACAUUGGUCCUGCAGACAGGAGCAACUGUGAUGAUGAUCAGCUCCUUUCAGAAGGCGUGCAUCAGGACAAAGAACUGAGUAGGAAAUCCUCAAAACCACCUGUAGCAAAAAUAAGAGGUGGAUUGGACUUGAACCAACAUGAACUUAGUGCCAUACAAGAGGUAGAAUCACCAACAAGUGGCAGAACUUCUAUACUAGGUAAACCUGAUUUUUGUCAAGACAGAGACCCCCUGAGGGUCUCAAUAAGCCGAGAACAAAGUUUUCUUGGGAGUCCUCUGGACCGUGAUCCAUUUGGUUGUCUUCACCCAGUUGCUCAGGAGAACAUCUGUGGUGAUGACUCUGAUAAAGCAGUCAAAGUCAAGGAGGCUGUGGUUGAGAAUUAUGCAGUAUUAAGCUAUGCUGUGGAGAGAGAAGGCCAUACGUACCUGGAUCCAAAUGUUAAGGCUGAAACACAAGAAAUUUAUCAUGAGCCAUUAUCUUCAGUAACUGUUUCCACUGGGAGUUUUUUAAGUUACGAAAACAUAGAUUUAAGCCUUACAGAGCCAGAGUCAUUCCCAGAGCAUGUGGACCAUAGGGAACAAGAACCUCCUGCUGGUAAAGAACAGGAAACAAAUGUUUUAAGUUCUAGAGUUCCUUCAACACAAGAUAUUUUUCAAAGACAGGACUCUCAGGACGUCCAUAAACCUCUUUUAUGUGCAGUGGAAACACUGACAUCUGGUCAGACACACAUUCAACAGAUGAGAGACAAGUACAUUAAUGAAACAAAUUUGAUGACUGAAAAAACAGACUUUCGGGUUGACUUUGACUUUCCAGAAUUGGAGCACAGUUUUCCAAAUCUGCAUCGUCAGCUAUUUAAACCCUUAGAACCACAUCCAGAUUUUGAUUUGUUAUCAUGUUUCUCUGGGAUUUCUCAAGACAGCAAAGACUUUAACCAGAGGUCAGGUUCUUCCUGUGAAAGCCUCCGUGCUACUCCAUCCCCCAAAAGUACGGCUUCUUUCACAGCACUGAGGAGGGCCAGCCUGCAUUCUUCUAAUACCAGUCUGAGCCAGCAGCCUGACCCUAUCUUGGCUUGUGACGCAGCUCAGAGUUUUGCUGCAGAAGAUAUUGAGGGGUCUGAACAAUCUUUUCGACAACUUCAACCAGAAUAUUCUUCACAGGAAGGGAGCCAGCAUGCCCAUCAACCAAGCGUUUUUAGCAUUGAAGCGAGAGCUUCCCAAAAUGUGGAAAAUCAGAACUGUUCGACUGAACAAAAUGAACCGUUACAAAACGAGCAAAAAAGUGUUCAUUUCCAGCUCUCAGUAGGAAAUUUGCCAAGUUCGGUCUUCAGUUCAUCUGGUGAGGCUGAUGUAUUUCAUCAGUUAAAUCUACGGCAUAGCACUACAUGUGGUUCUACCUCUAGUGAGUGGUCAAUAAAAGACCAACCAGAAGAAGGCAGAAAAGAAAGACUGGGCUUUGAAAAACUAUCAGAAAGACUUGAUAGAGUGUUACAAGGUCAAGGACUCACUGAUGAUAAAAAAGAAACCUGUGAUUUAAAUCCACAGGUAGAGGAAAUUGACUCUCAUUUAUGUGUAAGGACAGUAGAGAUGGGAACUUCAAUUCAAAUACCAUAUUCACUCACUGUUCAGAAUGAAAAAUGUCUUCAAGACUCAACUAUGGCAGGAAUUCCAACAAUCGUAGAACACCCAUCUCAACUUGGACAAUCAGAGCUCUUUGUAAAUUCUGGAUCAUUUUCAUUACAGAGAUCUAUUCCAGUCUGGGAAACAGAGUCUGGCCAUGGUAUAAUGGAAGAACCAGAACUUACAUUGACAAGCACCAGUGAUAUCAGUAUUGCUGAAAUGGAUUUUGCAAACUUAACUCUAGAAGAAAAGAGAGAAGAUGAGGCAAAGAGCUGUUUUCAGGUGAGUGAAUUUCUGCCUCUUCUGUCAGAAACAGAAAACUCAGAUUAUCCAGCUAUGUCAGAACAUCCACUGGAGAAACCAACUGUGUCUGCAGAAACCGUUUCAAGGUGUACAGCUGCACCAGAGAGCUUACAAGAAGCAUUCAUAAAAAGAAAAAAGGCAUUUAUAGAGAGGUCCUCACAGAGACAUAAAGAGAUAAAGGACAAAGUUCAUGCCUCUGGAAAUUCUCAAACCAAAACAAUAACGGAGAAAACUACAGGUUCCUUUGUGAGUCACCUAAAGGGUAUGAGCAAAGUUAGGGUGUCUCUCCCUGAAGAUAUAAAGACUGCAACCACCCCAUACACACAAAAGGACACUAGGAUUAGAGCAAAGCAAGAUGCACAUGCCCAAAACAGAGCAAGGACAAAAGAAUUUCAUAAGGUAAGCAGCAUCCCAUACAUACCCCCAACUUUUCAUGUCUAAGGCACAUUCAGAGCCUGAUAUUAAUAACUGAUAUUAUUUCCUCCACAGAAAACAUUAGAGAAGCUUCGAGCCAGAAAUAUAUGCUGACUUUCUGCACAAAGGUUUCUUUUUAUUCAUAACAUAGGCCAAGUUAUUUAAGUCAAUAAAUUUUUAACAAUUUU